UUCGAGAGUUUUUAGGGUUUUGGCGAUGGCGGGGGCGCUGGCGUGUGUCCAAUCCUCGUGGCGUUGCUGCGUAGCUCGCAAUAUGGUGCGCGGCCGAUCGAUCAGCUACAGGAGCUUCCAUGAUGCGAUCCCAGCGAUCAAGCAGCAGCCAUUUGUCUACAGGCAAGAGGUCCAUGCGCCAAUGUGCUCGAUCCGAGACUUGCCGUGUGAUUUUCCCGCUACUUCUUCUUCCCAGCCCCAAGCUCAGAGCUCGUCUACAUUGUCCAAAGGACGCAUUCUUCUCGUAGAUGGAAGCGCUGUUAUUUUUCGCGCCUACUACAAAGUCAUGGCCAAGGCUCACCAUAACUUGAUACCAGAGCUAGAAUCUGAGGCCGACUGGGUUUUAACAGUUUUCACAGCCUUCACCACAAUACUGGGACUGCUCGACUUAAGCCCGUCUCACUUCGCUGUUGUUUUCGAUCAUAAAGGUGGGUUUGCAGACGAGCAACGAUGUCUGACUUUUCGGCAUACGAUGUUUCCCGAGUAUAAGAAGAAUCGUCCACCGACGCCAGACACGAUUUAUCAGGGCCUCGAUCAUCUUAGACCUGCUCUUGUUGCCAUGGGGAUCAAAGUGAUAGAAGUUCCGGGCGUUGAAGCCGACGAUGUGAUCGCGACACUAGCAGUCUCAGCAGCGACUUCAGAGAUGAAGGUACGAAUCGUUUCACCCGACAAAGAUUUCUUUCAAAUAUUAUCUCCAGAUAUCCGACUUCUGAGGUUCGUUCCGAAAGGUGCCGGGAUGGUUUCGUUUGGCAUGGAAGAGUUCUCAGCAAGAUUUGGAAGCUUGGAACCAGCACAGUUUGUGGAUGUACUGUCUCUUAUAGGCGACACAUGUGACAAUAUACCAGGCAAGUACUACCAUACGAUUGACUCAAGGCUACGCUCCAUAACUUGUAACAUUGCAGGUAUUCCAGGCAUUGGCGAGAAAACUGCAAUAGAGCUUAUCACAAAGUUUGGGUCCGUUGAAAAUUUGUUACAGCAAAGAGACAAAGUGACUACGAAGAGGGCUCUCAAGGGGCUUCUGGCUGACAAAGGCGAGGCUUUACUUAGCAAACGCCUGGUCGCGCUGAGGGCGGAUUUACCAUCUUACAUGCUACCAUUUACAAUGGAUGAUUUUAUCUGGCGCAAAGUUCACGAUGAUGGCCAGCGGCUGUUUCAACUUCUUAAAGCAAUGAGCUCGUUUGUGGACGGCGAAAUUCACGUCGAGCUACAGGACCGAAUCUUGGGCUUGUGGAAAAAACUGGAAACAAAGCCGUGAGAGCGUCAGGAACGGGUUUACUGAGCAGGAGGGAGCCAAUUUUUUGAAGGGAGGCUCCUCGAGCUAGAAAAAGUAGCACACGACCAGGACAAGUGUUCAUUGGGCAUAUUCGUUGGGGCUUUGAGCUGGCGGUGAUGGCUAUGGUACUUCUCAGAUGGCCAAGACAAGGGCUUCGAGGUUGAUGUUGCGAGGUACAGGUUUUAGCUCCACAGCUCCACUGGGUUGUAGGCUCAUAGAAUGCGGGAAUCCUGGAGCAAUGGCUAGCUCCAGGAAAUGGAAGAACAGGUCCAAGACUUCGAGGAAAAGAAGCGUUUUGGUCUUGGGGGCUGUUACACCGGCUGCUGGAGACGCUGGGUGGGAUUACAGCGAGAGUUUGCGUCAAGGCUUGCAGAAUGGCAGUAGUGGUGGAAGCUCGAGGAUUUAUGCAAAGUGGAAAUGGUGGGAAAGGAAAAACGAGAGCGCUCUGGACAAGGACGAAGCAUUACCGCUUCCGAUGACUUAUCCCAAUUCAGAGCCACUUCCGAAGGAGGAGGUGGAGAAGGCGGCCAACUGCGAUCCCGAGAUAGAGAAUUGUAAGAACGUUGUGUACCAGUGGACGGGCGAGUGUAGACGUUGCCAAGGCACCGGAGUGGUGAGCUUCUAUCGGAAGAAUGGAAAGGAGGUGAUUGGCAACUGCAUCUCUUGUCUAGGAAUAGGAUAUGUACACAAGCAUACCAGCAGAGACGUGGAGCAAGACGAAAUAUCUUGAGGCCGAGUUCCACAAAUCUUUUCGCGAAAAUGGUCCGUUUCUCUCCCCCGCAUUUUUGUUUCCAUUCAUUCCUGCGAGCAAUAAAGCAGCAGCGGUCCGUUAAAAAGA